AGUGGGAGGUUUAGAAUUUUGCUAAGCUAUAUCAUGUCUGGCCGUGGAAAGCAAGGUGGGAAAGCCAGAGCGAAGGCCAAGACUCGGUCUUCCCGGGCUGGCCUGCAGUUCCCGGUGGGCCGAGUGCAUCGCCUGCUUCGCAAAGGCAACUACGCGGAGCGCGUGGGAGCCGGGGCGCCGGUCUACAUGGCCGCCGUGCUGGAGUACCUGACGGCCGAGAUUCUGGAGCUGGCCGGCAACGCCGCGCGGGACAACAAGAAGACGCGCAUCAUCCCUCGCCACUUGCAGCUGGCCAUCCGCAACGACGAGGAGCUGAACAAGUUGCUGGGCAAAGUCACUAUCGCCCAGGGGGGCGUCCUGCCCAACAUCCAGGCCGUUCUGCUCCCCAAGAAAACCGAGAGCCACAAAGGCAAGGCCAAGUAGAAGCAGCCUUGUUCGGCCUCUACGGCUGCAGCGUCUAGAACCCAAAGGCUCUUUUCAGAGCCACACACGCCUUUCCUGAAAGAGUUCGUAAACGCUUCCAAGGCAACCCAUGGGGAAUGCCGCCACCUUUCUUGUUUUUGAAGUUCAUUUGUUACAUGGGCAUUUUUAGUUGCAGGAUCUGAAAAUCGGGGAUUAGGCGAAGAUAGAAAUCAAAGGAGGAGCGGGGAAGUAGGGCUGGUGAUCCCUUUCAUCCGGUAUUAGUGCAUCUUGCCUGAAUAAGGCUUCCGGCUCUUACUGGAGCCACCUUUACAUUUAUCAAAUAAACGAUUCCAGCUUUUUGUGAAAAAGUAGGUGGCCCUUAAAAGGGCCUUUGUUAUAUCGGCGGGUGUUGUUGAGAAUCAGCCUCCAAAACCAUACAGUGUGCGGCCUUGCCGCUUCAGUGCGUAGACGACGUCCAUGGCGGUUACAGUCUUUCUCUUUGCAUGCUCUGUGUAAGUCACAGCAUCACGGAUCACAUUCUCCAAGAACACCUUCAACACACCACGAGUCUCUUCAUAGAUCAAGCCCGAAAUGCGCUUGACUCCACCGCGACGAGCCAGGCGACGGAUAGCAGGUUUAGUUAUACCCUGGAUAUUAUCACGAAGCACCUUCCGAUGCCUCUUAGCGCCUCCUUUACCUAACCCCUUCCCACCCUUGCCACGACCAGACAUAACUCCUUGAACGACUUCUCACACCUCUAUAAGAAAAACACUGUGUAAGAGCUUCUUUUAUAUUAGGAAGCCCGACCACAGGGGAAACUGAGGAUUCUUGCACCUCACUAAAUUACGCCCACUUUCCAAAAUCUCCAUAGGCUGCAUGUGUACCCAAUCAGCUUCUGGGAAUUUUAAAAUUCUCCAAUAAAAAUCUAAUUAUCGUUUCAGACGCAUAAUA